AUGAAGACUGACUUGGUAGGGACCUCAGGCCAAAAGGAAGAUGCCAGCAACGAGAAGAUGAUGGGUGGCAUAAAGUCUUUGAGCAGGCAAGGCAGCCUGGACUCCAACGGGGAGGAUGACAGAGCCACUCUCAUCCUGACUCUUAUCCUCUGUAAUGUAAAGAAAAUUGAGCUCUCCAAGGCAGCCAAAGUCUUUGAGAUGUUUGAAACUCAAAUCCAUCACUUUGAAACCAGACGAGCCAAAAAGCUCAAGAACUCUGCUGAUGAUCUUGACAUUUUUGUUGAAUGUGAAGUUCACAGUGCUGAUGUUAGUAUCCUUAUUACUUCUUUAAAGAGAAUAACAGAGGACAUAAAAACUAGCAGAGAGGACAAAGUGCCCUGGUUCCCCAGAAAAAUCCAAGAUCUGGACAAGUGUCACCAUCUGAUCACGAAGCAUGAUCCCAGUUUGGACAAUGGCCACCCUGGAUACGCCGACCUGGAGUAUAAGAAACGAAGAACAUUCUUUGCUGACCUUGCCUUUAAUUACAGAGCAGGAGACCCUUUGCCUCACAUCGAGUACACAGCACAGGAGACUGCAACUUGGCGAGAGGUCUAUAGGAAGCUGAGCAGCCUUUACCCUACUCAUGCCUGUACACAGUAUCUGGAUGCUUUCCAGCAGCUGGAGAAACACUGUGGCUACCAAGAGGAUAACAUACCUCAACUUCAGGACGUCUCUAGAUUUUUAAAAGAGAGAACAGGUUUCCAGCUGAGACCAGCUGCAGGACUGCUGUCAUCUCGUGACUUCCUUGCCAGCCUGGCAUUCCGUGUUUUCCAGAGCACGCAGUAUAUAAGGCAUUUCUCUUCUCCUAUGCAUUCCCCAGAACCAGACUGCUGCCAUGAGUUGUUGGGUCAUGUUCCCAUGCUAGCUGACAAGGAGUUUGCCCAGUUCUCACAGGAUAUUGGACUGGCUUCUCUUGGAUCAUCUGAAGUGGAGAUUGAGAAACUGGCCACACUUUAUUGGUUCACUGUGGAAUUUGGUCUCUGCAAGCAAAAUGGAUCAAUUAAAGCUUACGGGGCAGGACUGCUUUCAUCUUACGGGGAGCUUACGUAUGCUUUAUCAAACAAGCCAGAGUACAAGCCUUUUGAUCCAGAAGUGACUGCAGCUCACUCCUAUCAGGAUGAAGCCUUCCAGCCUGUCUACUUCAUAGCAGAAAAUUUGGAAGAUGCCAAAGCAAAGCUUCAAAAUUAUGUGAUGAAGAUCAAGAAGCCUUUUUCUCUGCACUAUGACCCAUUCACCAGCAGCAUAGAGAUUAUGAACACACCACAGACAGUCAAGAGGACACUCCAUCAAAUGAAAGAACAACUGAAAAACCUCUGCUUGACGCUUGAAAUCCUCUCUUAA